AAUACCACUGUGAUAAGCGGUAGAAAGCUAGGAGGACCUGUAUAAUUGACCUCUUUAUUGUUAACAUUUUCAAGCCAAGAAUUGUAUUUGGUGUUUGACGCGUGACAAAUGUAAUAAAACAAGGACAUUAGCAGACAUUAGUCCGCUGCAUGUGCUCUUCAGACGGAAUGUGCCGGCAGUUUCAUCCUGAGCAGUGAAGCCCAUGACAACAAGUCGUUCCACAGGAAUGAGGCAAGAGCAGGAAUUCCCAAUGUUGUUCAUUGUGACUGCUGUAUAGAGAAGGGGCAGAGGCAUGGCCUUGCAGGUCUCUCCCUUUAGUAACUGCUUUGUUGCCGGUGUCCAUGCUGUGGGAUGGGCAUUCAUCGUGCCUUGUUUCUGGUUUCUUGAUCGCCUCCUUGCUGUGUGCAAGACCACCACCCUUGAGAAAACGCAGAGCCUGGAGCAGGAAUGUUAUCUCCACCCCCUCAAGGUCUUUUUUGGAUCUAUCACCUUCUUUAUUCUUUUUCUCAUAACAGCCCCCUUGGCCUUCCUGGGCCUUCUGUUAUGGGCUCCUCUGCAGGCCUGCCGCAGACCCUUUUACUACCACAAAGAGGCACCAUCCUCACCAGAGCAGGAAAUGCAUAAGGGCUUCGAGCUGGAAGGAAAGGCAUCAUUUGGCUUUGCCACAGCCAAUCUGUGUCUUUUGCCCGACAGCCUGGCUCGCUUUAACAACCUCGGGCACACUCAGCAUAGGGCAACUGCCAUUGCUCAGCGCAUUGUGGAGGGCGUGCGUCGACCUCAUAUCCGCAUCUUUGUUGAUUCCCCAAGCAGCUGUGGUACACGCAGCCCCUCGAGCACCACACUCCCUAUAACUAACUCCCAUACAUAUGGGGCUACAGAUAGACAGGCCCCAGCCCCCAUAAAUCCACAUUCAGAGGAAGGACAUACUUCUGUCUCAAAGUCUAAUAAUCAUGUUGUCUGUGUGCCCUGUGAUGAUACGGAAAAACCCUUAACUGAGUCUUCACUCCUCAAUUCCAACCAGAAUUCUAACCAACAGGGUCAAACAGGUCAUCGUAGCGCCCCCCGAGCUUUGCUCUCACAGGGUCUGCUCCAGCAGGACGAUGUUCCCUGGGAGGUGUCGUCAAUGUUUCCAGCCAAUGUGGAUAUACUGUGCCUGGAGGAAGUGUUUGAUAAGAGGGCAGCACAGAAACUCACCGAAGUACUAAGACCCAUGUUUGGACACAUACUGUAUGACAUUGGUGUGUAUGCCUGCCAGCCACCAUGCAGAUGUACUGCUUUUAAGUUCUUCAACAGCGGUCUGUUCCUGGCCAGCCGAUUUCCUGUGCUCGAUGCUCAGUACCACUGGUUUCCAAACAGUCGUGGGGAAGACGCACUGGCUGCCAAAGGCCUUCUUUCUGCAAAGGUGCUAAUUGGUCAGAAUAAGAAACGGAAGCAAGUGGUUGGAUAUUUUAACUGCACGCACCUUCAUGCACCUGAAGGUGAGGGGGAAGUUCGCUGUGAGCAGCUGAACAUGGUUACCAAGUGGAUUGGUGAUUUUCAAGCUGCCAGUAGAGAGCCUGACGAGGAGGUGGUUUUUGAUGUGCUUUGCGGUGAUUUUAACUUUGACAACUGCUCACCUGAUGACACCUUGGAACAGAAUCAUUGUCUCUUUGAGGAGUACAGAGAUCCUUGCAGGGCAGGGCCAGGAAAAGAGAAGCCCUGGGUCAUUGGUACUCUACUGGAGCAGCCUACAUUAUAUGAAGAUGACGUAAAUACUCCAGAGAAUCUGCAAAGAACGUUAGAAAGUGAAGAGCUGAGAAAGCAGUACAUCUCCCCACCUGUUCCUACAGAGGGCUCUCCAUUGGUUUACCCUGAGACUGGCCAGCCUUGGGUCGGACGUCGGAUCGACUAUAUGCUGUACCGUGAAAGCUCCAUUUCAGAACACUGCCGAACAGAAAUUGAGGAAGUGACCUUUAUAACCCAGCUGGCUGGCCUCACAGACCACAUCCCUGUGGGCUUGAGACUGAAUGUAAUAAUGGACCCUGACUGUGAUGAUUAAUGAGGACUGAUGUGAACAAAGCUUCACAUUCAAACAAAGGGAACAAUAUGUACACAAUGUACUUUGCUCUGUUCAGUUCAAUUGUUUACACACUAGUAAAUGUACUGACAAUAUACUGACCAAUAACAUUAUGCCUUAGGUGAAAUCUAUAUGGGUUUGAUUGGAAUUUUAUAAUGUAUCCAAUUUUAUGCAUUAGUUUUUCUUAAGCCAGAGGUAUUGCUUUUGUAAAACAACACAAUUUGUACAUCAAUUUAUUGUCCUAUAUAAAUAAAGAAUUAAUUUUA